GGGCUUGUAGGCCUUGCCGACAGCGAAGGCGAUGAUGGAGCUGCCAUUGCGGGUAACAUAGUACUUUCCACCAGGCUCCAGCUUGCCAAUCCAGCUAUCGCGAUGGGAAAGCUCCUUGUAACCAGCCUUUGCGAGCUUCUCCUUGAAGUAGCCGACGGCAUGGAAAACUGUGGGGUUCUCGGUCAUGAACUCGCAGUAUGGUUUGGUGAAGGCCUCGGGCUUAAGCUCUUUGGCGUCAACCUUGUUGAGACCAUCAUUGGCGACAGGAGAGGCGCGCGAGGCCAUCAUCGCCUGUUCCAUGGCCAUGGAACGGAUGGAGAGGUUGGAGUCGCGGGCCCGGAUGAAGGCAGGAGUGUGACGAGUCAUGGUGACGGUGAUAGCGCAAUCGAGGAGGGUGAGGAUGAAUGAAAGUUGAGCUUGUGGCGGAAGUGGUGAUAGUAGUUGAGGGAGGGAAACAGGAUGACUGGUUGCGGCCGAGCUUAAGGUUGGUCUGGCGGGUGGCUUAUCCGAUCCAUGUCCGGGUGACGGCGGCGGUGGCGGGUGGCCUCGUGCCUGGUCCCUUAUCUUAUCGCAGCGGUACGCUGUCAAAAACUGCCGUUGCUUUGGCGACAAUCGGGUGCCUGGCAGCUGUCCUCGGGACCUGCCGCAGUGAUCUUUAGAGCACACAUGACCUCUUCAGCAAUCUAUCUAUUGGUAAUAGCAAUGAGUUGUACAGUUCCUCUCGAGCUCAGACUCGUCGAAUCGCCCACCGCUUCCUCGUGGCCGUCUCCAAGCGGUUCAGCAAGGGGAGAAAGACAUCCACCUCGAGCUUGCCAAGAUUCCCAAUGGAUGCAAGAUCUCUUGGCGCGCAGCUUGCUGUCGUCACUUGUGGAGGUGUGGGGGCACGGUACCGAUGGGAAUCUUGAAGAGGAUCAGAUUCUUAGCAUGUCAAACUUCUCUCCUGUUUCACCGUCACAGUGAGUCUUGCUCAACAGCUUCAAACUCGUAGUGUUUUGCUUUAUCACGUCUAGUCUCCGUUGAUUGGCUCUCUCUUUGCAAGGCAAACGCUCACUUGCCUUGCCUCGGCUGAGCAUGACGAUUACACCCUCAGACCUCGCAACUGCACUGCCACCUGCCUACCUAGGUUCUUGCUCGGUAUAGAAUUUCUAGACGUUAACUCUGUACUUUUCUGGUAUUCAAUAGCCAAAUACAGUCUUUCAGCCAGCUGGCCGUGGCGCAACUCUUCGCUUCUCACCUAACGAUUCUCUGAACACACCUUAGAAUGUCGCUCUUGUCUUCCCUUCUCAACCCUGUUCCCGGGUUUCCCGAGUACACCGGCGCCUACAGGGUCGGCACUGUAGAUGUCGAAAUUCCCGUAUCGAAGCUGCCAGCCGGCAAAAAACCCGAAGGUGCCGCAGACGUUCACACAGUUCUAUUCAGAAUAUUUUACCCGACGGUAGCUGAGGCUCAGGGAAAAUACAUCAGUUGGCUUCCCGCGCCUCAAAGGCUUCACAUAGAGGCCUAUGCCCAGUUUCUGGGCCUCGGCUCGAAAACUGCCUCUGUUCUCUCAUUUCUACCCCGACAUCUUCACUGGACCACCAUCCCAGCCAUCAAGAAUGCUCCUUUGCUGUCUCCCCCAGCUGAGCAUUCCAGCUCAAGAUGGCCAACCAUGAUAUUUUCACACGGCCUAGGAGGCAACCGCAAUGCCUACAGCCAUCUCGCCGGCUCCCUAGCCUCCCACGGAGUAGUCGUCAUCUGCCCCGAACAUCGCGACCAGAGCGCAGCUCUCACCCUCAUCCGCGACCCCCAAACGCCCAAAAAGGCCACCCCCCUCGCCUACCUACGAAUCCCGCACAACCAAACCCCUGAGAUCUGGGCCCAGCGCGACUCCCAACUCCGCAUCCGCCUCUGGGAACUCGAUAUGAUCUUUGAAGCCAUCCUCGCCAUCGACCGCAACGACAACAAAGUCAUCGCCUCCAACCUCAACACCAGCACCCCUGUUUCGGCCCUCUUUGCCUUGCACAACAAACUCGACAUCUUGGACCCCGGCAAAGUGAUCUUUGCGGGCCACUCGUUUGGUUCCUCGACCAUGGUCCAGUUCCUCAAAUCAGUCUUCUAUUCGUCCCAUCCUGCUCUGGAGUCUUUUGAGGAGGGCAGGUUAUUCACCCCGCGGCCUGGCUCGGCUAUCCUGUCACAAAUCAACGGUUUGAACCCGGCUGUCUUGCUGGAUAUGUGGUGUUUCCCUCUUUUAUCGGCCGCGUCCGACAAGCUGUAUCGUCUCCCGCUGCCGUGCUAUUCUGUGUCUCAAGAACAGCAAAAGAUGUCGAAGAUUCUCGCGGUGGAAUCAGAUCAGUUUUUUAAAUGGGGGACGCACCUGCACCGCACGGCGAAGGUUUUGUCUGCUGAUCCGACCGCGGAGGUUGUGAAGGAGUCGCCUGACCACCCGGCGCCGUAUUUGUUUUAUGUAGAGAAAUCUGCACAUUUGAGUCAGUCGGAUUUUGCGGUUUUGUUUCCUUGGUUGACGAAAAAGGCUUUCGGGUCGGAGACGCCCGAGGCGGUGUUGAGUUUGAAUGUGAGGGCUGCGGUGCAGUUUUUGAGGGGGAAUGGGGUUGUGGUUGGGGAGUCGAGGUUGGAGAGGGAGAGGGGGGAUGUGCUGGGGAGGGGGGUGGAGGUGGCGAAGUGGAGGUGGGUUGAUGUGGUGGGGAUGGGGAGGAGGGUGUAUCCGAGUGAGAUUGAGAUGAGGAGGGAGGAGAGGGGCGAGGAGGAGGUGGAGGAGUCGAGGAGGGAGGAGAAGGGAAUGGGUGGGGAGAUGGAGCCUGGGGUUGGGGAAGAGGAUAAAAUGAAGGAGAAUGGGGUCACGGGUGGGGAGAGGUUGUAG